AUGGUUCUCAAAAUCGCUGCUGCUGCUGCAGCCUACUUCCCCACCGACUACACCCUUCACGUUGUCACUGCCAUCGUCGUCGUUAUCCUCGCACGUGUCAUUUCUCAAGGUCGCAGAACAAGUCGGGACCGUGAUCUCCAUGCGCGGGUUAUCCUCUUGACUGGAGGCUUCACACCGUUUGGGCUAACCCUAUUAGAGGCACUAGCCCAGCGGGGUGCACACGUUAUAGCACUCACUCCAUACCCUGUCGAGUCGGAGGUCGUCACCACGUACAUCGACCUUCUUCGCUCGGCCACAUCCAAUGAGCAAAUCUUUGCAGAGACCUGUGACCUUGACUCCCCACCAUCCAUCCACGCGUUUGGAGCGCGUUUUGCAAAGAAUCAAGAGCAACGAAUCGACGCAGUUAUAUUUGCCCACGAAUAUCGCCAUGUAGGGGCCUUGGGCAAGAGGAGGAACUGGGAGCAAGACGAGAUGAGACGGGAGACUGCCUCUCUAGCGACAUUCUUGCUGACCACUCUGCUUUUGCCGGUGUUACUGACUGCGCCAGCAGAACGGGAUAUUCGUAUCAUCAACAUCGUCAACAGAUUCUAUCCUGCUGCCAUUCCAUCCUUUGCUUCCAAUGGUAGCUCUGAAGCACCCCAUUCCUUUGCUUUCAACCAGGGGGUCAAACCUAAAUCCACCUUUCUUGCGGAAGGCAUUCGUUCUCUCCGCACUGUCAUUCUUGCCCGACACCUCCAGCGCAUACUCGAUGCAUUGCCCAACUCGGCACCACUCCCAAAGCCAUCGGAACAAAACGCUGCUCCCGUGCCGGUCGUCCGCCCUGGUACAGGCUCGCAACGAAGCAAUAUUGUCGCUCUCAGCGUGUCACCUGGUCUUAGUAGGGCAGAAACGAUCGCACCCCUGCUUGGUGGAAACGUAUUGGGAAUGCUAUUCUAUGCCAUUAUGUACCCCUUCCUGCUCGUUUUCGCCAAAUCUGCUGCGGCUAGUAUCGAAACCGUCCUGCACUCGCUGUUUCUCCCAACGCCGUUCAAAGUUAUGUCGGCUGAAGAACUUCCACGACACCAGAGCCAGGAGCGUGAAGUACUCAAACCGGGGGCCUUAUACGCCGAAUGCUCAGUUGCCAAGGUGCCGAUGCGUGUUGAGGUCGAAACGGCCACUGAGGCAGCAUCCAUGGAAAAACCUGUGGAAGGCAAGGAAGAGCUCAAGAUGGUCGAGGAUGGGGAACUUGGGGGCGAAGUUCUGGGACGCCGAGUAUGGGAGGCGUAUGAGAUGGGACUAAAAACAUGGAAUGCAGCCCAUCCAGACCCAGAACCGCAGCCGGUGGAAACGGAUGUGGACCAAUCACGGACAACUACGUAG